AUCGGCCCGUACAAGUUACAAGUGAAGUGAUGAUGCUUGGAAGCACGAAGCAGCAGCAGCAGCAGCAGCUUCAGCUCAGUUGAUCGCAAAACACUAAAACUGGCAACUGGGCUCCAUCAUUCGCUCACAAAAAUGGCAAGAAACCGAACCCUAAGGAGAGCUACGCCCUUAAUAUUUACUUUCUUCAUAGCCCUCUUUGUCUUGGGUGUUUUUGCUCCUCUGCCGUCCACUUCCCAUAAUUCUCCCCAAUUUCAACUGGAUAAUGGAUACACACAUAAGUUUGAGAUUGCAGAGGACAUGUUUUGGAGAGAUGGGGAGCCAUUUAGGAUAAUUGGAGGAGACUUGCAUUAUUUCCGAGUGCAUCCUGAGUACUGGAGAGAUCGACUGCUGAGAGCUAAGGCGUUGGGCUUGAACACGGUCCAAACUUAUGUUCCCUGGAACUUACACGAGCCAAAGAAAGGCCAUCUGGUAUUUGAGGGCAUUGCAGAUAUAAUUUCAUUUCUUGAGCUAUGCAAGGAAUUAGAUAUGUUGGUUAUGCUGCGUGCCGGGCCCUAUAUCUGUGGCGAGUGGGAUUUGGGUGGCUUCCCUGCAUGGUUGCUAGCUGAAGAGCCUGCUAUUAGACUAAGAUCAUCGGACCCUGCCUACCUUGGAUUGGUUGAGAAGUGGUGGGGCAUCCUACUUCCAAAAGUGUCUCCGCUUCUUUUCAGCAAUGGUGGUCCUAUUGUAAUGGUUCAGAUUGAAAAUGAAUUUGGUUCUUAUGGCGACGACAAAGCUUACCUGCAUUAUCUGGUCAAACUAGCUAGAAGACAUCUUGGAGAUGAUAUAAUACUGUAUACAACUGAUGGUGGUGCUAGGGAAAAUCUGGAGAAAGGAACAAUUCGAGGAGAUGCUGUUUUCUCAGCGGUUGACUUCAGCACUGGAGCCGACCCAUGGCCCAUAUUCAAGCUGCAGAAAGAGUUUAAUGCACCGGGAAGAUCGCCUCCUAUAUCAACGGAGUUCUAUACUGGUUGGCUUACACACUGGGGGGAGACUAUUGCAAGCACUGAUGCUGUUUUCACUGCUACCUACUUGGAAAAGAUUUUAUCAAAGAAUGGAUCUGUUGUUCUCUAUAUGGUCCAUGGUGGGACGAACUUUGGAUUCUACAAUGGUGCUAAUACUGGAGAUGAUGAGUCUGCCUACAAGCCAGAUCUUACAUCCUAUGAUUAUGAUGCACCAAUAAGUGAAUCGGGUGAUGUGGACAAUGCCAAGUACAAAGCUCUGAGAAGUGUCAUCGCAAAAUAUAGCCCGCAGCCUCUUGCUUCCGUCCCUUCCAACAAUGAAAAGAUAGCUUACGGACGUAUCAAGCUAGACAAAAGUUCGUUUUUGUAUGACGCAACCAGGAUGAAAGACCUUGCUGACGUCGUAGAGUCUGAGAACCCACUUUCAAUGGAAGCUAUUGGACAGAUGUUCGGCUUUGUGUUAUAUGCCUCCGAGUACAGUCCAAAAGGCAAUGGAAGUGUGUUAUCCAUACCAAAGGUGCAUGAUAGAGCUCAAGUGUUUGUUUCCUGUGCUGAAGAUAGUGGGAGGAGGCCGACGUACGUUGAUGUCAUCACAAGAUGGUCGAAUAGACCCGUUCAUCUGCCUCCCUUAAAAUGUAAAACGAAAAAUCAACUCUUUAUCUUGGUCGAAAACAUGGGCCGCUUGAACUAUGGACCGUAUAUAUUCGACAGAAAGGGCAUUUUGUCACCUGUAUAUCUGGAUGGAAGGCAGCUGCAUAAGUGGAAAAUGCUUCCCAUUUCCCUUGAUAAUCUCAACGAAGCUCUGAACAUCAACCCCAUCAUUCACGAUGCAACGAGUGCACAAUUUCUCAAAAGAUCUGCUCGCGAAAAGUUGAAAGGCCAAAAGAAGCUUGGUCUGGAACCAGCAUUUUACAGCGGUCGCUUCAAUAUUACCAAAGUCGGAGACACAUACAUAUCAUUCAGAGGAUGGAGCAAAGGAAUCGCUUUCGUGAAUGAGAUCAACAUUGGACGUUUUUGGCCGAGUGCUGGACCACAAUGCAAUCUUUAUGUUCCAGCUCCGAUUCUCCGGCAAGGAGAAAACACCGUGGUUGUGUUGGAGGUUGAAUCGCCAAAGCUUGAUCUCUUCGUGAGCUUCGUCAACUACCCAGAUUUCACUUGUGGCUCAAAGCCCAGAGGGCUCCGACGUGUACUGGCAAUGGCAUAGUGAGAGAGAGAGAGAAAUGUUUGUGUGAAUUCAGAUCUCCUAUAGUAGUAGUAUCACUUUUGGCACUGCCAUGAAUUGUUGGCUAUGUUUUGUGCAAUUUUCUCAAUUUUUUUUUUUUUUUUGGUAUUUUAAUUGUUUGACAGAUUUAACAGAAGAGGGACAAUUUUCUAUA